AUGUUCAUACCGGGCUGUUGUGAAUUAUCUGAAAUACAUGCAAUGAGCAUGAAAACGAUUAGAAAGGCUUACCUGGCAUCAUCGAUCUUUGUUGCUGAGCAGUGGGAACAACUUGCUGCUGCUGCUGCUGUUGCUGUUGUUGCUGUUGUUGUUGCUGCUGCUGUUGAUGUUGCUGUUGUUGAAGAAGGUGAUGCUGCUGUUGCUGAUGUUGUUGCUGCUGCUGCUGUUGUUGUUGUUGUUGUUGUUGUUGUUGUUGUUGUUGUUGUUGAUGUUGCUGCUGCUGCUGCUGAGGAUGCUGCUGUUGGUGUUGCUGCUGCUGCUGCUGUUGUUGUUGUUGUUGUUGUUGUUGUUGCUGUUGUUGUUGCUGCUGAUGUUGCUGCUGCUGUUGAACCUGAGGCGGUGGUUGGUUGGGAUGAUGGCUCAUUGGCUGGCCAUGCUGUGAAUUCAUACUGGGAUGCAUAUGGUUUUGCAUAUGUAUUCCGCCACCCUGAAAAGACGAAAUAA